AUGAGAGCCCCACCAAAACUUCGUCACUUUAUGUGGAGGGCAUGUAAGGGGUUCCUUGCUGUGCGUGAGAAGUUAGCCUACCGCCAUAUUCUUGAAAACAAAACCUGUGCAAUUUGUGGGAGAGGGGAUGAGUCCAUAAUCCAUACGAUCUUUGAGUGCUCUGCUGCAAGUGAAAUAUGGGCUGCAAGCAACUUCAAAGAUGUCCUCACGCAAGCACCUGAUGAUAGUUUCACCACGAGAAUGCUAUGGCUAAGUGACAAUGUCUCAAAAGAGGACCUGACGAGUAUGUCAAAAAUGGUUUGUGAAUACAAUAGCUAUGCUGGAAAAGUCCACCCACAUCUGGGUGUGGUGGCUAAAGAUGACAGUGGUAGUGUUCUUGCGGCUGCUGUUAAGAAAGGAGGAGUUGUUGUGGAUGUGGCAGAGGCUGCUGCUGUGGUGUUUGGGCUAAAGGUGGCUAGAAGACUUGGCUACGAGAAGGUGCAAGUGGAGAGUGAUGCGUUGAAUGUUGUAACGGGAAUCAAACAGAAGAUUGCAGGCUGCUCGCCUUUCUUCCUUAUGAUUGAUGAUGUUUUAGCCCUUUCCUUGUUAUUCGAUAGUUUUGCUAUUUCUCAUGUUAAAAGGACGGGGAACACUUUAGCCCACUUAGUGGCGAGAUAG